UCAUAUACAAUGCAAUCAUUGCUACGAUUUUGCGCAUAACAUACACAACACAUACAAACAUUGACUAAACUUUUGCUAUUAAUUUAAUACCGAUAUGACUACCGAUAUGACCACCGAUAUGACCACCGAUAAGACUCUAAGUAAUAUCAAGCAAAUGGAUUGCAAACAGUCAGCUGUGAGAGCCGUUAGCUUUAAUGCUGAUGGUGACUAUUGUAUGACAUGUGGAAGUGAUAAGAGCAUUAAACUAUGGAAUCCAUUGAAGGGACUUCUUUUAAAGACUUAUAGUGGUCACGGAUCUGAAGUGAUGGACUGUCGCGGAUCUUGUGAUAGCAGUCACUUAGUGUCGGCAUCAAUGGAUAAAUGUAUUAUUGUUUGGGAUGUGGCCACCGGUCAAUCAAUUAGGAGAUAUCGAGCACAUGUGGCUACUGUUAACACCGUCUCAUUUAACGAGGACUCAUCUGUUAUAAUGUCUGGAUCUGUUGACGGAACAGUUAAAUUAUGGGACUUUAAGAGUCGAUCUAAAGAAGCGAUUCAAGUGUUAGAUGAGGCCAAAGAUAGUGUCACUUGUGUUGUUGUUUCCGAUCAGCAAAUAGUCUCGACAUCACUUGAUUGUUGUGUUCGUACUUAUGAUAUCAGGAAAGGCAUUAUGAACUGCGACAGAACUUAUGCUUCGGUAACGAGUGUUCAUCUGACACGAGACGGACAGUGCCUUCUAAUUAGUUGUCUCAACAGUUCUGUUAAAUUAUUGGACAAAAGCAACAGUGAAAUACUUGCUUUAUAUAGUGGUCAUUCAAAUAGUAAAUACAGGAUUGACAGCUGUUUACUUGUCAAUGACUCAGUUGUAGUGUCGGGUUCUGAGGACGGGUAUGUCUAUUGUUGGAAUUUGAUUGAGUCAACUAUUAUCGGCAAAAUUGGUCACAACAAUCAUAGGAUAGUUCAUUCACUUAGUGCUCAUCCAAAUGGCAGCAAACUAUUAACUGCAUCUCAAUCUCAUAUAUAUUUGUGGACCAAUGAAAAUAUACAAAAUGAUGACGAAAUUAAUAAUUAAAAAUUUAUUAAUAACUAAAAUAUUAAACAAACAUUACAAAUGAAAAACAGAGUAAUCAUUAACU